CUGGUGUCUCUCUCUCUGCUGUCCUUGGAGCGGUACUCUGUGCUGCUCGGCAGAACCCUCUUGGACUCGGAGCCCUCUCAGUACCGCCGGGCCAGGCUCGCUGUAGCCGCCUCCUGGCUCUCCUCGCUGAUCUGGACUCUGCCAUCGCUGCUGGGCUGGAGCAGCUGCGGGCCGGAGGGUCCCGGCACCAUCUGCUCCGUUCAGUGGCACCAGCGCUCCACCGCAGCUCGCUCCUACAUCAACUGUUUGUUCAUCUUCUGUCUGCUGCUGCCACUGCUGCUCAUGUUCUUCUGCUACGGGAGGAUCUUGUUGGCUGUGCGUGCGUUGGCAAGACGGGUCACCAGGAUCAACCGAUCCUCAGCUGAGCGGAGGGAAGCCCGUGUCCUUCUAAUGGUGGUCUCCAUGGUGACAGGCUACCUAUUGUGCUGGAUGCCAUAUGCUGUGGUGGCGACGCUCGCCUCCUUUGGACAGCCGGUGGUGCCGCCUGCCGCCAGUUUAAUUCCAUCCCUGCUGGCAAAGACCAGCACCGUCCUCAACCCUGUUAUUUAUGUGCUGCUCAACAACCAGUUCUCCAGGUGUCUCCUGUACAUGAUCAGGUGCAGCUCAGAAGCCCCGCCCACCGUAGUUCACCAUACACAGCCCAGCAGAAGGGGUCCCCCCCCACCAACAGCGCAUGUCAUGUUCACAUCCAGAGAGCAGCAGGCACCUGCUCUGGUGCUAGUGGCUCAAUAUGCAGAGGGCAAAGUGGACCAUGUGGCUCCAUUUUGA